AUGAAAAACGUUUCAUUUGCUGAAGUUUCAGGUUCUAUUUAAGAUACUAUCUUCAGUUAAGCCGAACCAAAGGUAUUAAAUAGUAUUUGAAAUAUUUAUUUCGUCAAAUAUUACCUAGCUCUAAGGAGACAUGUACAAUCAAUUUAGUUGGAGGAAAGUUGUUCGCUAAUUUUAUUCCUAAGUAUUUUUUUUUUUUUUCCAUUUUAGAUGUAGAAUUAAAUAAUUUAGACGUGGAAGGAAAGUUUUCAUCGAUUUUUAUGCGAGGAUAGCUUUUUUUUUAACCCUUCGUUUUCUCUCGGUCAUGGAUAUCAAUGGACGAACUAGCCCAGUUUUGAGCGCGGGGUUAUAUGCAUUCAACAAAAGAUAUCGCAAUCGUUUACACGUAUACGUGUUAUGUGUGUCGCAAACAUACAUGUAUAUAUGAUCAGUUGUUUAUACAGUACAUUCUCAUUGUUUCCAGGACAAUGCAACAAGUGAUGCGACGAUAGGCGAUGUCAGUUUCAUCGGAGAAAAUGCGACAGGGGUCCACAUUGACUGGGGAAUGGUAAAGUUUGCACGUGCUCCACUUUUCACAAUUCAAUCAUGCGUCACACCGUUGAAAGUAUUUCACAUUUUCGGAUCCUCGAGCUUUCCGGGGAUCUUAACAACCAUUUUGUUUUAUUUCGCUUCGUUGAACUAUAACACGAACGUGUUAUUUAUUUAACCGCGGGAUACAUCUUUUAGCAUAAUAGAGAAAAUAAAGGCAGAGAAUACAAGACGAGAACGAUUGAAAACAGAGACAGGCAAUUAUAAACAUUGGAUAAUGUAUGUUUUGGAACUGCGAUAGAAUCGUAAAAGAUAUCAAUUUUGCUUUUAAAUUCGUUCACCACGAUUCACACGUACGAUUUAUAGGAUUAAAUUUACCAUAUGACGAACGACGCUGUAUGAAACACAUGGAUGGAAAUCUAGCAACUCGGCAAGCAGUGCAAAUUUUAAAUAGCUCGAGAAUCUCACAUAUAAUGUUACUGCAUAAAUACGUCACCAACAAAUGUAAUAUUGUAGAUAUCCCAUAAACUGAAGCAAAAAAUCACAUAACAAUCCACUUGAUCUCGUUUUAAAACUUAAAGCCUUUACUUUGACAGCUUUCAGUUCGUCCUUUAUAAAGAUUGAUUACAUCAUGAAAUUGGCGAGCAAGUAAGGAUACUUCUUCUCAAAGAUUACAAAGUCUUUGCAAUUUGCAAAUAAUUUCCACAAAUUCUAUUUGUUUAUCUAUGUACAGCAACCAAAUAACCACUGUUGUUAUUUCCCAAAUAAUCGUUGAAAGAAUCAAACUCACGACUGCUAAAAUAAAGGCUUUACGCUUUAAAACAAGACCAAGUGUAUUGUUAUAUAAUAUUUUUUUAUACGAAGUUAUAACAAUUUCCAUUCUUGACGUUAUUAGUUCGUUAAAUUUUUCAUCGUUAUUAGCUCCUCGUUGUACCUAUUAUUAAUAUCAUUGAACGUAGUAAAUUUUUUAUUGGCAAGCUAAGUUAAUAUCGUACAUAAUAUCCUACGUAUUUUUCAGAUGUUUCACGGUGUUGUAGUGUCAGCGUCGCAGGUGUUAGCAGUUGAAAGCGUUUUUACGGGUGCCGUGGUUUAUUUAGCUUGUCUACUUUAUUCUCCGAUAACGGCUGGCUUUGCUUUUUUGGGUGCACUCAUCGGUUCAUUGGCGGGUUUGAUGCUCGACGUGCAGAUCGAUGAAAUUUAUAGCGGUUUAUGGGGUUACAACACUUUCUUGACAGGAGCUUCGUUAGGAGGAACUUUUUUUGUCCUUAACGGACAAACAGCUGCAGCUACGAUUGUAGCGAUCGCAUACACCGUGAUCGUGCAAUAUGCUAUAUGGUUCUUCUUUAUAGAUCUGAAAUUGCCGAUAUUGACGUUGCCGUUUGUCCUGGUAACUUCUUUAUUUCUGAAAUUAAGGAGUAAUUCAGGAGAUAAAACUUUCCCACAACCACCGCCCAUUUCCCUCUCGCGGACACAACGUCGAGAUUAUAUUACCAGCCAACAAGCUCAGCUUAUUCAGCAAGUAUGUAUUUGUAUGCUUCAAUUUAUUUUCACGAAUGUGUCACGUGUUAUUCUCCCAUUGAUAAACCAAAUCUCUGCAUUUAAUCAUACAGUGUUCGUAAACAAAAAUUUUAAAUAUUAUAUCAUAGUUAUGGAAUGUUUUGGAAUUCGAAAAUUUUUAGAAGUAAGAGACACAUCCAUUAAUAUCUCUAAUGUAAUUUUUUUGGACGUAUUCACGCGAACGCUUUUGAGUGAAACUCGAAUGCAAUUGGUUAUAGUCGGAGUAAGAUUGAUGUGCGUUACGACGGGACUAUCGUCAUAGGAACUCUAGAAAUAUCGAUUUCUGCUCUAGUCGAGGUUAACCUGCUCUUAUACGAUGAGGAAUCGCGUAUGGCGGAUGUGAUUCUGUCGUGCCAAAGAUUAUUGACGAAAGCACUCACCGACACGCUCGCUUUUUACUUUACUUAGAGGACGGAAAGAAUAAUCCGCGCCAAUAUAAAUAAAAAAACAAAUAGCGAUUGUACAAACAAAAAUUAAUGAAUUUUUUUUCAGUUUGUGCGUUUAUUUGUAUAGUUUCUACGCUUAAAAAGAUCAUAUCAGUACAUUAAAAAAAAAAAAAAGUCAAAUUCAGAGAUAAUGUGGGUAACAGAAAGAAUAAAAAAAAUCUAUGUAUGAUCUUUUAGAUUUUAAUUUAUUGUAACUCUCCUUUUUUUUUUUUUUUACAGAAGAACGAUGCAGAAAACGAUGCAGAAGACAGAAUUAAAGAUCGAAGAAAGCAAUCAACGCACGACGUUUAAUCAUGAAAUAAACAUAAUAUUCAUACGGAUGUUUUGUAGAAAUUUGAACUCUUAUUUUCCUACUCAAUUAAUUAAAAUGCUCCGAAGUAUCAAGUGAAAAACAAGACGUCAGAAGUCGGCCGUUCUAUUUCUUCUCUCAUAAAAAAAAAAUCUGUGGAUUGCUGCAACGAAUUUUUAACGACGACAUUUCAAGAAUCUACAAGUCGAUCGAUAAAAUUACUUGGUUGCUUUUUUUAGCUUACAACGUUGAGCCCAGAUCGUAAAUUCGACGGAGAAUUUUCAUUUGUCCUGCAUAACGAUCACUGUGUGCCAGUUCUUUUAUUAUGUUAGCUACGUACUAUAUGUAUAUACAAGACACUCGGAGCUGUUUUCUUGGAAAGUGUAGAAAGCAUACGCAAAAGUUUUCCCUAUUUGAGAGAUGGUUAAAAAUUUUCAUGGAUAGAGUGCUGAAGUAUGAAAAUAUGAACGGGGGAAAAUGAUGUUAUGCUGCAUCGUUAAAAGUAAAUUUCGCGAAUAUCUUCCUUGAAGAGUGGCAGCAAUAAAUUUUUUAUUUACAAAGAUUCAUAAAUAUCGUAGCUCCUAUAUUAAAAUUCCAAUAGCAUCGCACGUUACUCACUAUGAAUAUUUAUAUUUUAUUUAUUAUUCUAACAUUUCAAUGUGCUUCAGAAAGGAAAGGAAGACCGAAUACAUUACGAUGUUCGGUGCAUUUCGCUGAUGUGAUAUAACUUCUGCCACUCUAUCUUCAUUCUUAAUAAUCUUGACACCAACAAAUAAGAAGAAUUCUUAUUCUAGUGUUUCUUGUGAAUAGCCGUUGUAAUAUAUGAUAGUUUGUUUCAUACUUUCUAAUAUGUGUGUCCAACUACAUAUUCAUGUAGUCUCCAAACAUUAGAGAGAUAUAUUGAAUAUUUUGUGAAGGUGAAUAUUCACAGAACAACGUUAUUUCCUUUUAAUACAUUAGGCUGCAUAGGGCUAUCUGUUUAUUCAUGCAAGAUUGAUUUUCCACAGAACGAAGUAACUUCGAGGAUAUUGGGAAAAUAUGCACAAUGAUGCGCAUCGAGAGUUGUUGAUCUCUUAGCUGUAUUAAAAUCUGUGAAGAAGGCAACGUCAAACUUUUUCCCAUUUGUCACGCGUGCAUGUACGUAUACCUUUUCUCAGUUUCAUAUGCACAACUUAAGUAUCUGCCUCUUAAGUCUCGAAGAACACAUCUUUUUUCUACCAACAUAGCUUAAUAACACAAAACAAAAUACUUAAAUAUCUCGACUGAUAAAAAUGCGUCACGUUAAUAAUGCAAUUUAAUAAUGCAUUUAAUUCAUUAAUAUCUUUUUAUAAAGAAAAGUAUUAACCAACUAAAUAAUAUAUAAUAAACUAAAUUAUUUAACAGAUACUUUGGUUUUAAUUUUGCAAAAUCCAUUAUAUAAAAGACAAAAGCAAAAUAAAUAAGAAUAUUAAUGAACAACAACACAUGAGAAUAUUGAUCAUAUCUUUUCUUGUUUUUUUAUAGAAUAAAAAUAUCUAUCUCACAAAAUAUCUACCAAUGAUUUUCCAUAAUCACUUUAAAAAUGAUAUCGUUUCGUUUAAAGGAACUAUGACAUUUAGGUGAUCUGUUUCACAUGAUUCACCCUGUAUAAUAAAAUUUAUUUAUUCGCUUAUUAUAAUUUCAAAUCUGCAUGAAUAAAUAAAUGUCACUUUUUAAUGAUGUCACUUCAGGUAAUAAAUUCUAAAAAGUUUCAACGUUAUUACAUUUGUCGAGGAAAUAAAGUCGUAUUAAAAGAAAUUCUUUUGUAGUUUGUUCAAAAGCUUUGUUCAACAAUCUCUCUCGGAAUUACCGAGCAAAGCUAACUGUGGAAACUAAAAUUUUGAUAUAAAAAAUCGUGUUUCAAGGAAAGAUAACGUUAAAAUAAAAGGAAUGGUUUUUUUUUUCAUUUCAAAAUGACAUUUUUCUUAUUGCACAGAGUUUGCAUUAUGUCAGUAUGAGGCACCAUGUAGGAAUUCUAUGAAAGUUUUUGUUUAGCUUGCAGAAAUCUGGAAUAGUUACUGGAUUUCUAUUUUUCUGCAGCACAGUCCAUUAAAUUAAUUUGAGAGACAAAUCCGUCUGAAUAAGCAGAUUUGUCUCUCAAUUAAUUUAAUCGAUUCAUAUAAUUAAUUUGAAAGAAUGAAAUUUGUGAAUAUGUCACAAGUCAAUCAGAUAUUAAACAAUUUCUAGAUGUAUUUUCUCUUCCACUACAAAAUGUAAUAGAAAAAAUUACACAUUUUUCAGAUAGAAAAUACUAAUGACCUUGAAAAAACAGAUCUAAAAAAAUGAUCUAAUAAAAAAAGUUUAUUUUUCAAGAUAUUUUUUCAAGAUAUUUUCAAGAUAUUUUUCAAGAUAUUUUCAAGAUAUUUUUCAUUGGAGCCAUUCAAAAUUGUACAUUCAAAAAUUAACAUUUUUCAUGUUUCAAACAAUGAAGGAGAUAUUUAAGUAUUUAUAUAUAUAUAUAUAUUCUUUAUCUGAGAUAUCCUGUAUAUUUCUAACUACUUUAACAUUUCUUCUGAGGAAGGUGCACUUAAACUUGAUCAACUCUUUUUUUUUUAUGUAAAUUGUAAGAUUGAAAUUAUAAGUGAGUGGGUAACAAUUUCUCUUUUAUAGCUCGUUGCUCGACUUUAUAAUGCAGACAUAACGUUAUUAUUUGUAUUCUUAUAAAUCAGGAUAAAUUGAAAACUUACAACUUUAUUGCAUAAAUGUGUUUGCACUACUUCCGCGCAAUAACCGUAAAAUAGUUAAUUCGUAAAUUAUGAAGAUAAAAUUAAGUAUUAUUAAAAGUUGUAGAUAUCAGAUCCUUGUUCAUGCUAUCGUGCAGCGUUCUAACAAAACAUUAUGAAACUGUUGGAAUAUAUUAUCUGCUUCUUUCUGAUACCAAACUUUCCUUUUUAAUGCUUAGUGAACUCGUUUUAUCGCCAGUACAUUAGAAAAUUGUUGAAUUUAAAAUAAGUAGGAACAGAUUAAUUUUUAAACGUUAGACAAAUUGAUAUUUCUCGUGAAUAGAGAGUAUUGAUCGACUACUUUCGACUAUAGCGGCGAUUAUUAUAAAAGAGUAAAAUUUUAAUAAAAAAUAUUUGUAUCUCCUGACUAUAAUGGAACUAAAUUUAACUUAAUUUAAUUUAAUUUAAUUUAAUUUAAUUUAAUAAUCAAUUUACGAUUAAAUUAUUUAAUUCUGGAAUUUCCAAUUUAAUUUAAUUUUAUUAUUAAUUUCUACUACAGGAAAUAUAUUAUACAAUGUGA